AUGGUUGGUGUUAAUCAACAGUCAUCUCAACAGUUUGGAUAUACCGGAGGAUCUCAACAACAAACACAACAGCAACAAUCUUCAUCUAGCAAUGCAACAGAUUUAUUUCAUACAAACCAUAAUGUUACCUUUUCGGCGUUGAGACGUUCAAGUCGUCCGAAAGACUUAAAUAUUGAUUUGACAAUAUUCAAUGAGCAAUCUUCACCAUAUUCUGCCCCUUAUAUGAUUCAACCUCAUCAUCAACAUAUUCAGCAACAGCAGCAAAUAUACACAACAUCAGUUAAUGCAUCAUUUCAAUCUCAACAACGUACCGGUAAUAAUACCCCUCACACAUAUCCAUUUUUAACAUCACAUAUAUCAUCGCCUAAUCAACAUCAUACGCUUGUUAAUAAUACAACAGCGUUCACUUUUCCACCACCACAAUCACCAGUACAACAAUUCAAUUCCGUACCAGCUUCGCCGAAUAAUAAUUCUAACCUUCCGAUAGUUACAUCACCAAGAUAUCAAAAAUUGACAUUAAUUCAACAAACACCAGCAAUACAACAUUCUUACAAUCAGCAGACUCAACAGUCUCAGGUUCAAUUAUGUUCUCCAUUGCUAUUAAACCAUACAAAUAGCCAACCAUCAACUCCGACAGCAUUAAAUUCGAAUAGCAGUAAUACGAACACUCGUCUUUUAGCUCCACAACAAUGGUCAAAUAAUGUUCUCAGUCCACUACUAGUUGCACGUUUAAAUGAACAUUCAAUGAAUGUCAGUAAUGAUCAAAACCUGCAUUAUAAUACAUCUGGCAACAAUAACAAUCGAAUCGACGUUAAUAAUGAUGAUGAUGACGAAGAUCCCUCAGCUUCUAUCGAUGCACUUGUUGCUGACGUGGACACUUCGAAUGUAAUUCUGCAACAGCCAAAAAAUCAAUCGCAGUCCACUAAUGAAUCUGACCAAGCUAAACAGCCAUCGCAAGAUCAACCACAUCACUCUCAAACAUCUCCAUUGUACAUUCGCGGUCAUUCUCAAGUACUAAAUACGCCCCCAAAUCCAUUAGCAUUGGAUGAUCACCCAGACAAUCAUAUUCAUCGCGUUCAACAUCAACCCAUUUUAUCACCUUCAUCAUGUAAAAAUUUUCAACAAUCGUUUAGUCAAUCGAGUCCAUUACAUAGUGCGGGAUUUCAGUUAAAUAAUAAUGAUACAUCAGCUCGAUCAAAGGCCUAUUUUACAUUUGAUACAUCUGUAACAUUAAAUAAGGUAGAACAACAAACAUUAAACGAUACCGUAUUUAACACAAGCAAAGAUUUAACAACAACAUUGAAUAACCAUCAUCACUUACAUGGAAAACCAGCAACCAACUCGGAUAAUGAGGAUGAUCGUUAUGAUAACACUUCACCAGCUGCAAUGAAACCACUAAUGAUAAAUACUGAUUGUAAUACUGAAAAGGAACAAAACAAAAAUACGGCACCGACAUCUGAUAUGAUUGUCGAUCAAUUAUUAAGUCGAGAAGGUACAACUGUCGAAUCGACUUCACAAAGAAUAUCGUCUGCCCCUGUCGCUGUACCAUUAGUUGGAGACAAAAAAUCUCGUAAGAAAAUGGAGUCUAAUCGCACAAAAACAUCAGCCUCUUUGGCUACUAAUAGUCCAACACAAACACAGAAUCCGUUUCAAUUUCCACAAAAUCGUCAUUGUUGUACCUACACGGAUUGCACAAAAGUAUUUGCUAAUAAAAGUGCAUUAGCUAAGCACAAACUCACCCAUUCGCAAGAUCGACGACAUAAAUGUGAAAGAUGUAAUAAGGGUUUCAAACGAUUAGAUCAUUUGCAUGGUCAUAUGCUAACGCAUGAAGAAGACAAACCGCACAAAUGUAAGGUGCCAGGAUGUUCUCGUACUUAUUGUGAUGCUCGAUCAUUGAAACGUCACAUUGAAAAUCAACAUCAAGAUAUCUUAGCAGCCAUACAUGAAGGUGGCCAUGAGGAUUAUAAACAAUACUUACCUGAAACAGCCUAUGUCAAAACAAAACAGGCUUCAACAGGAUUGCAAGGAGAUCACUCUAUCGAUUCAAUCGACUCUCCAAGAUCAGCCGAAAAUCUUGAACAAUCACAACAAGAAUUUAAUAUGGGAGCAGCGCAAAAAUCAGCAAAUAAAAUUUUACCAACAUAUACAUUUGACGAAGAAAAAUGUGUACAGUGUCAAUUAUGUAAGAAAACGUUUAAGAAUGGAGCUGCUUUGAACGGUCAUAUGCGGCUUCACGGUGGAUUCUCCAGUGAAAAUAAACAACGUUUAUCGAAUGAUGAUAGUGAUAAAAAACAAGGUGUUCAACAAUCAUCAAAUUCCAAAAAGCGUUCGAUAGUAACAGGUGAAGAUUCUGAAAUUAAAGGUCGUACAAAGCGUAAACAUCCUGAUGAUGCAUCAAACAAUACGUCAACACCACCAACUCUUGUCGGUCAUUCUUCUUUCGUAAAUUGUUUUACACCUGAUUCGGCUCAUUGUUCCUCAUCCACAACGCCAUUAUCAACGGCAUCCAUAUCACCUCCUCUAAUUAAACAAGAAAUAAAACGUCCACCAUUACAUCGUUCAUUUCAAGUAAAAAGUGAAGAAAAAGAGGUGAAUGACGAUUAUCUUCAUUUUACAUCCAUACACUCUCAACCAUCCUUCCAUCCAUUAACGACACGUUACGAUGAUAAAUCUCGUACACGAUCUAUUUCAUCCUCUGUUAUUGAACAACAUACGCUUUCCGCAUAUGCAACAAAAAAUUCACUCAACGUAUUACAACAAGAGCGAGAUCAUCAAAUAUCCCAUCAGUUAAAUCCAUUAUUCAAACACCGAAAACAACAAUCGGUACCAGCACAAUCGCAGUUAUUUCAUCAUAAAAAUGACGAUAACAUGCGUAAUAUACAAGGUCAUAUAAACAUACAUCACUCUAUGGACCUUUUGAAUCAUCCUGCAAAUAAUACAAGAAUGAUAGAUAAUGGCCUACUAGCAAUACCGAAUCAGCAUUCCCCUUACGGACAACAACAUCAACAACAUGAUUCUUAUAUACUACAAGAUAAUACUCAUCAAACAGUUGGUUUACCUGGUGGCUUACGUUUAUUGUCAGCUGAACAUCAGUACGACGAAAAACUCAGAAAAGUAUAUUCAGAUGAAAAAUAUCUUAAUACAAAAUCAUUAUCACACGAUCACGGACAAAGAAAUCCAGUAACACAAGCUAUUAUCUAUCAUCAUUUUCAACAACAACAGAACGGGUCACAAAAGAAGGGUAGCGAUACCAGUUAUAAUAGUCACAACUAUGGUUCUCAUCCAAUGUCGCUUCAACACUCACAACAACAUCAAACUCAUUUUGCUAAAAAGCAGAACAACGGAGGGAAUAAUAACGCAAAACACCAUUCAUCACAAAUGUCGAUCCCGACAUUCCAUCCACAUUCACAUUCACCACACAUGAAUCUUUAUCCGAGUCCAUCAGAAACACUCGAUCACGUUCCACAACAUCCUACAACAAAUCAUUUAGAGGCUAUAUUACGAAAUCAAAUAAUUAGCGGCAAUUAUAAUAAUAAAGUGAAUAACGGUGCAACAUCUAACGUUCCAGACUACAUAACAUCAAGACAAAUCCAACAAGCAGCUAGUGCUCGGCAACAAAAUAAUAAUUUCAACCAAAUUAAACCAGAGAAACGUUAUCCACCCUCUCCUUCACAACAAAUAUUGCCAGUAACAGAUUUUCUACCAUUCAAAGAUGCUCAAGAGCAUUUAAAAUCAAAUCACUUGCAUUCUCCACAAUCACAUGAGCUACACACAAUUUAUCAUCCAAAUGAUAAUAGUUAUCAUCGGACACCAUCUACAAGUCCGUAUCACUCUCAGCAUACUUCUCCGUACUCAAUAGCAUCUUUGUCUACAACACCACCAAGACUAGUUUCAUCACCGGCAUCUAUAGACCAUCAACAACAAGAAUUACAAGCUCAAAGAUCGCAUUCACAUGAUAAACUGCUAGUUUGUUCAACUAUAAACACACCUCGACAUUCACCACUCAGUGAUCAUUAUUCCCCGCAUGAUAACCAACAAUCUGCCUCCGAACAGUAUUCAGUCAUGACAACCCCAAUUCAUCAACAUCCAUCGCCAACGCCCAUCUCUUCUUCAUCAUCUUCUUCUUAUCAAUCUUCGCCAUCCUCGAGCUGUAUCGUUCCAAAAAAAAGAAAAUAUACGCUUCCAAUUAAUGAUAUAGAUUUCACAAUUAAUACUUCUUCAACGCUAACAAAAUCGAACAGCGAAAACAAUGCUGAUCGUCAGCAAAGUCCGUUUAAGACAAUGGUAUCAAGAAAGAAAAAUAACUCAAUUUCCUAUUCGACAUCAUCAACAUUCGAACCUGCCAUCGAUAUUAUUGUUGCUCCAAAGUCUGUUCACAGUAUUGAUACAACAUUUACCAUCAAUAGUACACCACCAUCAGCAACUCUAAGUCAAGAAAAGCAAAUCGACGAGACUAACGUUAGGAUCGAUGUCCACAAUACUACCGCUGACAAUAAUAAAAAAUCUCUUGUAAAAGUUCAUUAUUUUGCUAUCGAUAAAACGUUUUUCCUUAUAGAAAAAUCAUCAACUAUGCUAAAAGUUGUUCCAGCGCUUGAUGAAAUACCAAUAACAUGUGAUAUUUCUAUUGACACUAAUAGUAAAAAGAAAACAAUUAAUGAAACAGAUAUGUUUAAGCCAGUCCCAGAAAUCCUUAUAUCAAUGACAAGUUCUAGCGACAAAACGCCAUCGUCAAAUUCUUCAUCACUUAUUUCUUCUUCUUCGUCAAAUGCAAAACAUUUUCAAUACGAACACGUUUCUUCGACUACUGAGACAAUUUUAGUAUCUCGACCAACGCCCACUGAGUCUCACCAACGAAUAAAUCAACCAAUUGAUUCACCAUCCUUUUUAUGGCCUUCACAACCUAGUCAAUUGCGUCGACAACAAAGCUUUACCCCUUAUACACCGCCACCGAUGUUGAGUCCUUAUCGAAAGGGGUCAGGAUUAUAUUACCAUGUAUUCUCUGCUACACCAACAACUGUUUCUACACCAGUUACCACGUUUUCUCAGGGCAUACAACAACCAUUUACGCCAUUGACCAAUAAACUAGUAGUAAAUGAAAUUAAUAAGCAAGAAAAUAAUGAGAUAAUACCAAUACCUAAAAGUGCUGUAUCUAUCGAAGAUCUACUGGCAAGAAUCAAUGUGGGUGAACAAUAUCAGGCAGAUAUUCCCGAAUGCAAUGUGUCAGAUACUUCUUACGAUACCUCUGAUGAGUUAUUAUUUAGCCCUUAUGAUAUGUCUAAUAUCAGUGAAGAAUUGUUUGGUCGACUUGAAAAAAUAAUAAAUAAAAAUGUUUUAUGUCCAUCAUUAGCAAAUAUGUCAUAUCCAUUAGAAUUAAUAUAUAUGUUAUUAUAUGAAUUUCGUGGUGAUCUUGAAUUAACAUGUUUAACACUACUAGAAGGAAAAACUACAUCUAUCAAAGAGUGUAGACCUCUGCACACGUAUAAAUUUCCAGAAUGUGAUAUUUGGACUAGACAAGAAAUUGAUUUAUAUAAUCAAUCAAUUGUUGAAUACGAAAAGAAUUUUGAACUUAUUAGUAAAUCUAUCGGUACAAAAACUAUUAAAGAAUGUAUCGAAUAUUAUUAUAUGCCGAAAAAACAAAUGAAUUUAUUAUCUUUGAAUGGAAAACGAAAACGUCCAACAAAGUCGCAUAAAUGUACGCUGAAUUCUCAGUUAAAACAACGAAAUUUCAAAGAUAAUCUAAACGAUGAUACAUCAUCUUCAUCAUCGAUGACAAUCGUUGACAACAAUCGAAUGGAAGAAGAAAAUAAUAAUGAAACAAAUUUUAUCUGUAAAGUCAAAGAUUGUCAACUGAAGUUUGAUACUGAACGUUCAUAUCGAGCUCAUCGUAAUGAGCAUCGUCGUAGUAAAACUAGCAUAUUACCAACAAAACUGACAAAUAACGAUUAA